AUGCUGCUGAAAUCCCGAGCCACGGGGUUCGCCAACCAGCAGCUGCUGUCAUUUUCUGUCGGGUACUCUGCCGUGGUUUUUGCUGACAUUGAGCCUCUUGCCCGUACCCGGCGUUUUUUUGUCUCCCAAAACAGAUCACCUGUUCGUCGACGGACUUUUUCGUCUUCGGGUAUUCUGGCCUCCGUUGUAUCUUCGGGACUUGCUUCUUCUCACUCGUCUUCAUCUUCUAAGCCUUUUGAUUUCCUUUCAAAUUCUUUUUUGCAGAUAGCACUUUCAUCAACUUCCUCCACACCAAACAACUCAGAGAGCUCCCAAAAACCGAUACCCCAAACUGCUACAUCUACAGAGGAUGCUGCUACCAAGUAUGCAACUUCUGCAGAAGAUGCAGCUUUAAACCCAUUCCCCACACCUAUCCGUGUUUCUUUGUCACCAGACUCAAAGCCUGUAGUCGAUUUUGCUACCAAGGCUUUUUCGUGCGUUGAUAAGGACGAAAGUAUCACUAAACCCACAGAUACUGUUUCCCAAGCGGCAACAGCCUCUGCUAAUACACCAUUUGUAGUGACUCCUGUUGAUACUACCACCAAAAAGUCUGUUUCUAAAGCUAAAACACAAUCUCCUUUUGCUCCAUAUAUUGCACUCACCAAACCCCGUCUUUCCGCGCUGGUUGUGCUUUCCGCCAUGUCUGCCUAUGCCCUCACGCCAAACCAUGCUACGCUUGCUCAGCUUUUGUUUCUUACAAUUGGUACGACCCUUUCAUCGGGAUCGGCAAACGCAAUCAACAUGGGUCGCGAGUACCAGUACGACGCUCUCAUGACGCGCACCCGUACUCGUCCCGUUGUCCGUGGUCUUAUCACCCCUAAUCAGGCUUUCAGCUUUGCUGCUAUUUCUGGUAUUGUUGGUGUUUCUUCCUUGUACUGGGGAGUCAACCCUACCGUUGCCUACCUUGGCGCCAGUAACAUUAUCCUUUACGGUAUUAUCUACACAACUCUCAAGCGCAAGUCCAUCUCAAACACGUGGGUUGGCGCUGUUGUUGGCGCCAUUCCACCCCUUAUGGGCUGGGCCGCCUCCAGCUCGCUUGCCGAUCCUGGUGCGUGGUGUUUAGCAGCCUUGCUUUACACAUGGCAAUUCCCACAUUUUAAUGCUCUCAGUCAUAGCAUUCGUGACGAGUACAAGAAUGCUGGGUAUGUCAUGGCAGCGUGGACUAACCCUGCACUCAAUGCGCGCGUGGCUUUACGUUACUCGCUCCUAAUGUUUCCUAUUUGUAUUGGCAUGAGCUACUUUAACAUCACAGACUGGGUUUUUGCCUUUGACAGUUCGCUUGUCAAUGGCUGGCUUACAUUAUGGGCCUAUAAGUUUUGGCUGGAGCAGCGCUCUGUCAAGCCAAUUGCCAACCGUAACGGCGUUCUUUACCAAACAGGACUGCCGUUUAAUAUGAACACAAAUGGCAGUGGCCAAGGGUCGUAUUCGUCUUCUGCAAAGUGCAACGGCUUUGCACGGAAGCUUUUCUGGGGUAGUGUCAUCCACUUGCCUGCUAUUUUGCUUCUGGCCAUGAUCCACAAAAAGGGGCAAUGGGAUUGGCUUUUUGGGUCUGGUGAGGAAGAGGAAGAGGAUGAUGGUACUGUUAGACUUAAUGAGUCUGGUCAAAGCGUGCUUCAGAGCUCAUAG